AUGAAAAGGGGUUCUACAAAAGAUAAUUUUAUUGUUGAUAGUAAUACAUAUCAAUAUCCAAUCGUUUUAUAUGUCAGAGAUGGAAACUUAUAUUAAUGGGCAGUGUAAUUCAACAUUACUUAAGCAACUGAUAAUUACGUGAAAGUAGUGAAAUUCCUUCCCACAUAUGAUAAAAUUAUAAUUGGAAUUCUCCCUAGAUCAAGUUACCAGGAUUCAAUAAUAGCAGUAUUAGACGCAAUCACGGGUGAUGUAAUCUAUUCUUAUAUGGAUGGUUCCUAUAUGAGUUUUACUCCUGAAUCAAUAAUCGUAGAUUCAGCUAAUAAUGUCUAUGUUGGAAUGUAAAACAGUAAUAUGUAAUGGAAAGUUAUCAAAUUUACCAUAGCAGCGCCAGCAUCUACAAUCCCAAAGUAUAUUUUUACAACUACAUCUUAUACUGGCGCAGCCUAUAGCUUGAGAUUCGAUAUUCGUAUAGAUAUGGGUGGCUUAUUUUCAUGCAUAGGAAUUUAUGGUUAAUCUGCAACCAAGGCAUACUCUAUGAUAUUUUAACAAUCUGAUCGAUCUCUCUACAUCUGUCGCAUAGAUACAGUUAAUGAGCAGUUUGAUUACUACUUGAUGUCAAUAUUUAAAGUUUCCUCUGGAAGUUUUAAUCAAGCGCUAUUUUUAUCCAGUACAAGAGCUUACUUUGCGGGAAAUUUGAAAUAAAUAUUGGCAAAUAAUCCGUAAAGCGCUACUACAUGGUCUUAUUUUGUGGGUAUUGUAGUUUCUACAGAUCAAUCUCAGUUAACUGGCUGUUUGAGCCUACCGAUUUCAUAUACUUCUAAGAAAUCAAAGAAAGAAGAAUUAACAUUUUCAAAGAUAUCAAUAAAUGGAGUAUCUUAAACCACUACUUUAUAUAAUGCCUAUAUAAAAGCAAAAUCACUUAAAUCUACAACAGUGGUUAAUCCCUAUACAUUUUGUCCUUCCUCAACAGUUGCUACUCUAAGUUCACCAUCAUAAGCUACUAUUUUAUAUGCUGUUGGUGGAGGAACUAUCUUAUACAAUUUAGCAAAGUAUACAAUUUCAGAAACAUGUUCAGAUGCUAUUUUUAUUUACUCAGCCAAAUUGACUAAUAAUUAAACUUGGCCUAGCUUUCUAACAUUUGAUAGUCUAACCAAUGUCUUAACUUGUGCUACAUCUGAUACUAGUAAAAUAGGGUCUUACUCAAUUACAAUUACAGGCUAUUUGACUAAUGGGUAGAAAAAUUCUUACUCUUUUAUGUUAUAAGUAACUUAAUCUUGUAAUUCAGCUACUAUAAGUUCAAUACCAACAAUAACUGACAUAACAUAUGCAGUAGGAGAUUCUUAAAGCUGGACUACACUUCCAGUCUUUUUAUCUAGUUCAAACUAAUGUCCACUUUCAUAUUCAGUUUAAAAGUAAGAUGGUUCUGCUCUACCAUCUUUCAUCUAAUUCUAAUAGAGCUUGCUACAGCAAAAAUUACUAGUUUAUACUAGUUCAGUUGCAGAUGCAAAUACAUACCCUAUAAGAAUAGUAGCAACUAUUAAUGGAAGAACUGAUGGCUACUUUUAAAAUGCUAAUUUUAACGUAAUAAUCAAUAACCCUUGUCUAACUGCCACCUUAUCCCUAGUUACUUAAAAUAAUAUAAACUACUAUAUUGGAUCUGGACCUUAGAUUAUCACCUUUGUACCAUCCUCAACAGCCUCAACAUCUAUUUGUGGUGCAUUUUAACUUUUUUAUAUUAGAGAUACUGAUCAUUCCUCAUUGCCAAUCAGUGUAUUUACAUAUUCAGGAUUAACCCUUACAAUUGAUACUAAUGAGAUGACUUAUAAUAGCUAAACUUACAAUAUUAAAGUGACUUUACAAGCAGGUUCUUUCUCAGCUCGCUAAUUAUUAAUGAAUUUCGUCGUAACAUUUGCCUUUGAUUGUGCUAACACAGGCAUAACAAUUCCUCCAGACUAUUCAUAUUCUUAUGGUAUUGGCAGUGCAGCAUAUCUAAUGGAUUUCGGACUAUUCGUUGCUUACCCUGAGUGCCCCACAAUAACUACUUUCACUUAUAUUUGCAAAUUUUACUCUACAAAUACAGACUGCACAGAUCUAUCUAUUGGAGUUUUUCAAAAUUUUGAUUCUACUCUUAAUCAGCUCCAAGUUCAGACUAUUGAUCCAACUAAGUUUGGAACUUAUAAACUGUAGAUAAGUGCAAGCUAUGGAGCAUAUUAGGUUAAAUAAAUGAUGGCAACUGUGCAGCUUACUGUUCCUUGCAACUUAGCACAAUUCACUAAGAAUGAAGUUCCUGAUGUUUACUAUGAUGUUAGUUAAAAUGAUCCUACUAAAAUAAUAGGUACCUUUUCAUGGACUCAUAAUGCAGAUACUAAUUGUCGACCUAUUACUUAUAUGCUAACAUCAUCUGGACCAUAUAUUUUAACUGGAAAUAGUGUAUAACUUAGUAAUCCUUCUACUGGAGUACAUACUAUUUCUAUCGCUGGAGUAAUGUAUAAUACAGCAGUUCCACCAGUUGUUAUUGCAUCUUCUACUUAUUCUUUCGUAUUAGUAAUUACAAACAAUUGCUCAGCUCCAGGUCUAGCUAAAGUCCCCAUUUCAGAUUAGACAUAUUACUUGGAUAGUGGGUUUCUAGUAUUGUAAAUUCCUACAUGGUCAAUUACUUAUUCAACUUGUAGUCCUAUUCUCUAUACAAUUACAUAAAGCAAUCUUAAUAGUAUUCCAACUUUUAUGGUAUUUGACUAAAAUUACAUGACAUUAACUGUUAUAAGUAGUGAUAUAAGCCAUGUAGCUGUUUAUGAAUUAACUGUGAAGGGAACUACAACAGUUGGAGGCUCGUUUGAUUCAUAUAAUUUUAAAAUAAAUGCCACAGAUUUGUGUUCUUUUCUAGAGAUAAAUGAGACUCCUAUUCCUGAUAUUUAUUAUCAGAUAGGUUCAGGAAUUUAAGAACUGAUCUUUGAUGAUUGGACUCUUAAUAAAAAUGGAUGUGGAACAUUUACUUAUGAAGCAACCUAUGGUUUAAAUCAAAAUUUUCCAAUUGCGAGUAUUGCAACUUUUAAUCCUACUGCUAGAAAAUUUACAAUCAGCACAACUGAUACGUCAAAAAAUAAUUAAGUAUUAGUAAUAAAGAUAAAAGGCUCCUCAGGAAGUAUUUAUUCCUAUCUGUCAUUCUAACUUAUCCUAACAACGCAAUGUAAAGUUUCACAACUAAAACCUUCUAGUUUGGAUAUUAUUGAUGGUUAUUCUACUUAGUAAUAUGAAUAUAAAGUUACUCUCCCAGAACUCAUAAUAACUUAUCAUACAUUCUCAUAAUUACUUCAAUGCAACCCUAUAGGAAAUCCAUAUUAUAAUGUCAUAAUACAAGGCUUUGCAAGUAAUCCAGAAUUCAUGACAGUUGUAGGAUAAGACAUAAAAAUAUAUACAAAUAAUGCUACUUUUGCUUCUAAAGAUCUCUAUAAUAUCACAGUUGUCGCAUCAUAUUUAAAUUCAGACUUUAGUGUCACCAAAGGUUAUCUGUAUAUUCCAUUACAUAUCAAAAUUCCAAAUAUGGCACCUCCAUAUUUCAAAAAAAAAUUAACAGAUGUCACAAUGAAGGCAGGUGAAGUUUUAAAGAUGAAAUUACCUGACCUUAUUGAUGAUGACUAAGAUCCUAUAAAUUUUCUUUCAGUAAAUCUAGGUCAAGCCUCUACCUUUAUUUCUGGUAGUUUCCCUAAUUUUCAAAUUAAACCAUCUUUAAAUGUUUCAGGAAACUUCCCUAUAUCAAUAUUUGUUCAAGAUAAAAAUGAGAACCCUCUCUCAGCUACCUACAUCUUCAAUUUAGUUGUUGAGCCUGUAGCCAGUAAUCAAACAAAUCAAGUAAUAAAUUAAAAUACAACACAGAAUUUUACUUCAAAGAUUAUUAAAGGUAAAGCUUCUAAAAGUUUACAAGCAAAAAUAGCAUCUAUAAAUAAUUAAGGCUUAAUGACUGUUUAAUUUACCUCUAAUGUGAUUAUUCCAUCAAACUAUACUGCUUUUGAUAAUGAUGUCUUCACGAUAAACUUCACAAAUAGCUAAAAGCAGCAAGAUAUAAAAUUAACUUGGAAGGUUUAAAAAUUUACACCUAAGCAAAUGUUGAUUUAACUAGAAUUUGAUGAUCCAACAAAAGUUUCAGAUUUUGUAAGUUAAAUAAUUGUUAUAACAACUGUGAAUAGUCUGUGGACAGGAUGA